CAAGAUGGAAAUCCAGGGGCCGGCGGUGCAGCGGCAGCAAGAUGGCGGCUCCGCACUCCCUGUGCAGGCGGAGGUGGGAGAAGCGCCGGCCGAGGGCUCCGAGGAUGAGGCGAAGCCCGUCUUUAUUAAACAGGAGGAUGGCGGGCCUCCAGUUUACAUGGUCCUCAACCUGGCCGAGGAAGAAGCCGCAGUGGAGGCUCGAGGCCCCGAGGCUCCCAGGCCCAGCCCGACCUCCGAGCUGCUGUCCGGGUACGUGACUGUGCGUCUGGAGAAUGGAGUGCUGACACUUGGAGGGAGAGGACCGGCUGCGGCUCCAGAGAACUGCGAGGCUCAGGAAAGCAGGCCUCAGAGCCAGAAGGGUAACCCGGCUCCAUAUACCCCUCACGGGGGCUGGGAGUCAGAGUUGUCCCCUCAGGAUGAGCCUAGUAACAGCAGUGCUGUUCCCCAUAGGUUCCCCGAAGGGCUGGAGGACGUGGACAUGGUUCUGAGGGACACUGUGGAUGAGCAGGUGACCGGCUUCCUGGUGGGGGAGAUCGGGGAACUGCAGGUCAACCUAGGAGAGGCCCUGGACCUGGCCAGGAAGGGGGUGCUGCUGGUCUUCAGGUGCCCAGAACCAGGCUGUGCCAAGGCUUUUGACCGCAAGCAACAGCUGAAGGUCCACUUGCUGAGCCACACCGAGUCCCAGCGGCCCUUUAAAUGCACCGUCGAUAACUGUGGCUGGUCUUUCACCACUUUGUACAAACUGAAAAGACACCUCCAGUCCCACGACAAGCAGAGGCCUUUCUCCUGCGAGGUAGAAGGCUGUGGAAAAAGCUUCACCACCGUCUACAACCUCAAGGCCCACCACAAAGCCCACGAGGAAAAGAACCGUUGCGACGGAGAGUCCUUUCCUGCGGACGCCAAGCGCGCUUCCCGCAGGAGGACCCACUUUGAGCCGGAGAGACCCUACAAAUGCGAGUUUCCUGGUUGCGGCAAAACAUUUAUCACAGUGACUGCGUUAUUCUCUCAUCAUAGAGCCCACGUGAGGGAGCAGGAUCCGUUCGUCUGCUCUUUUCCCGGCUGUAACAAGCAGUACGAUAAGGCCUGUAGGCUGAAAAUUCACUUGCGCAGUCAUACAGGUGAAAGACCUUUUAUCUGUGACUUUGAAAACUGUGGUUGGUCCUUCACGAGCAUGUCAAAGUUGUUAAGACACAAAAGGAAGCACGAGGAUGACCGGAGGUACCCCUGUCCUGUUGAAGGUUGUGGAAAAUCAUUCACAAGGGCAGAGCAUUUGAAAGGCCACAGCAUCACGCAUUUGGGCACAAAACCAUUUGAGUGUCCUGUGGAUGGAUGUGGGGCCAAGUUCUCUGCUCGGAGCAGCUUGUACAUCCACUCCAAGAAGCACCUGCAAGAUGUAGAUGCGUCAAAGACCCGUUGCCUUGUAUCUAGCUGCAGCAAAACAUUCACUUCCAAGCAGAGCUUGAAAUCCCACAUGGUAAAACAGCACAACUUCAGCCCAGUCUUUCUGACCCAGCUGGAAACGACUAAUUCCCUCACCCCCAGCAGUGAACUCACAAGCUCAGGGCAGAAUGACCUUAGUAACCUGGACCUCUCCUCCCUCUUCUCCAACGUGUCCACCAAUGGAUCUGACCUUACGUUGGUCAACUCUGGAAUAUUGACUAUUGAUGUGUCCUCCGUGGGAUCUACACUUGGUGGGAAUGUGCCAGCUGGUAGCAACUCUUUGGUUCAUACUGUUGACCCGUUGGUGUUGGUGUCCAACAAUGAAAAUCCCAACAGUUUGGAAAGCUCCCUGCUGCUGGGAGCCACCACCUCAAUCCUUCAGCAGAGCACUUUACACUUAGAUGACGUACAGACUGUAAAUGCAGAGGCUUUAGGCUCCCUGGCAUCUUUAUCCAUGAGAGGUUCCAACCAGGACAUCCACGGACUUGCAUCGAGUAACAAUCUUACGAUAGAUUCAACCAGCCUUACGCCAUCUGUCAGCCUUGGAACCAGUGCCUCCAUUCCAGAGCUACUGUCUCAGAUUAAAGGGGAAAGAAGCCUGCUGCCCGUUUCAGAGGUUGAAAGCCAACAAGAGGGGAGUAAAGUGGUAACACAAUUUGUAUUCCCAAACCCUACAGGAACAUACAGUUCCCAGAAGGAAAUGGAUUACGGCUCGCCAUCUGGAAGCUCUUUAUUGGAUAGUGGUGGCUCUGCGCGGACAGAUUAUAGAGCCAUCCAGUUGGCUAAGAGCAAAAAGAAAGGAGGAACAAACAGCCCAGGAACUUCGCCAACGCAGAAGAAAGGCAAAAGUAUGAAGCUGAGCUCAGCAGCGCCCUCCGCUGGCAGCAAUGGCCUCAAUGGAGGGUUGACACUGCGAGAUCCAGCAACAGGAGCGCAGUAUGUGCAGAUCCAGCUGCUGCAGGAUGAUCCUCCAGGAGAUGGGGACUUGUCUUUCCAGCUGAGCAGUCAGUCUCCAGCAGCUCAUGCGCAGCUCACUGUUGAUCUGCCCGUGCACAUUCUACAGGAGCCUCACACAUCAACUGAAGAUGAUGUGGCUUCUGACAGUUCACAGUUUACAGGAAGCACCAUAAACUUGCAGGAUUUGGAAUAACUGAGACCUCAAUACAAACAAAAAGCCAUGAACGGUUGGAGACU